AUGUCGCCAUCUAUCAAGGCAGUCCCGGCGAAGCCCUGGAUCGAGACGCCGUUAAUUGAGUCUGCAACAUUAUCCAAACUCGCAGGAUGCAGAAUCUUCCUCAAACUCGAGCUUCUUCAGCCUUCCGGCUCCUUUAAGUCCCGCGGCAUCGGCAACCUCAUUCUCGCCGCAGCCACCAACCCAGCCAACCAGCACAAAAGCCUCCACUUCUACAGCUCCUCUGGCGGCAAUGCCGGCCUGGCCGCCGUCCAUGCCGCCCGCACCCUAGGCCACCCCUGCACCGUCGUCCUCCCCACCAGCACGAAGCCCCUCAUGCUCUCCCGGCUUCGCGCCGCCGGUGUCACAGCCGUGAUCCAGCACGGUGCGACCUGGGCCGACGCAGACCGGUACCUGCGCGCACAGUUCAUCGAUGAUAAGGCGGCCGCCGCGCACGGGCACGUAGCCGUUUACGUGCCGCCGUUCGACGACCCGCUGAUCUGGGCUGGCGCGGGGACGAUGGUACCCGAGAUUGCGGCACAGCUGGGAGGCUCAGCUACAGGGGGCGCGUUCCCAGCUGAUGCGGUGGUGUGCAGCGUCGGCGGGGGCGGGCUGGUGAACGGUGUGAUCGCGGGGCUGUCGGAGUAUGCGGACGCGAGUGGGCGCGUGGUGCAGGUGGUUGCGGCAGAGACACGGGGGGCGGACUCGCUGGCGCACGCGUUGCGGGCCGGCCGGCUGGCGAGUUUGGAGGGGAUCACAUCGGAGGCUACAUCGCUAGGGGCACUGUGUGUGUCGGAAACGACGUUUGAGCAUGCGCGGGCGCCGCCGGAGGGGAUGAAGGUCGUGAGUGUUGUUGGGACGGACGCGGAAGCGGCGCGGGGAGUGUUGCGGUUGGCGGAUGAGAUGCGAUUGGAGGUGGAGUUGGCGUGUGGGAUUAGUCUGGAAGUUGCGGUGGGAGGGCAGUUAAAGAAGUUGGUUCCUGGGUUAGGGCCUGAGAGUCGGGUUGUGGUUGUUGUUUGUGGGGGGAGUAAUAUCACGGCGGAGAUGAUUACGGAGUAUCGGGCGAGGUUGGAGGCGGGAUGGGAGUAG